UGCUAUGAAUGUUUGAAAGUGGAGAGUGGACUUUAUUGGAUGUGCGCAGUGCAUUUGUGCACGGAGGGAGAUGCUCACAAUGGAGCAAAUAGAGGCAGCCUUGUACAAAAAGAUGAAGAUAUCUGAAAAAUUAAAUGAGAAGCAGAUGGAAAGAAUGGAGGGAGUUGGGGAAGAUCUCACCAUGGCCAGAGAACAACAGAGGGAGCACAUCCUCAAGUGGUUUGUGGAGACUCAGGCUGUGCUCAUCCUGAGUGAUGGAAGUUUUCCGCCCUGGUUCCAGGGCUUCAUCUCCAGACACGAAGCAGAAGAUCAGCUCAAAGACAAGAAUGUUGGUUGCUUCCUUAUCAGACUCAGCGAAAAAUCCAUUGCAUAUAUUCUUUCAUACAAGUAAGAAUUUUUUUUUGGUUAACACUACCAUAAGAUUUCAUUUGUUUGUAGUUUAGCUAAUUUAGUCAUUUUAAGUAAAUACUAUAUUAUGUUAAA